GGUAUGGGAGCUUUGCCUGGAUAAGCAAGAAGAUGGUGUCGGAUCUCCUGGAAGUGAUGGUACAGACGGUUGUGAGCCACCAUGCGGAUGCUGGGAGUUGAACCCAGGUUCUCUGGAAGAGGAUCACUUGCUCUUAACCACCGAGCCAUGUCUCCAUUCCCACAAUGAUAAUACACGAGUUGUGAGAGUGAAAGUGAUAGCUGGCAUAGGCCUGGCCAAGAAAGAUAUCUUGGGAGCCAGUGACCCUUAUGUGAGAGUGACAUUGUACGACCCGAUGAGUGGCAUCCUUACCAGUGUUCAGACAAAAACUAUCAAAAAGUCUUUGAAUCCAAAAUGGAACGAAGAAAUACUGUUCAGAGUCCUUCCACAGCAGCAUCGGCUUCUUUUCGAAGUGUUUGAUGAAAACCGAUUGACAAGAGAUGAUUUCCUAGGUCAAGUGGAUGUCCCUCUCUAUCCUUUACCGACAGAAAACCCAAGAAUGGAGAGACCAUAUACAUUUAAGGAUUUCGUUCUUCAUCCAAGGAGUCACAAAUCAAGAGUUAAAGGUUAUCUGAGAUUAAAAAUGACUUACUUACCUAAAUCCAAUGGCUCGGACGAUGAGAAUGCAGACCAGGCUGAGGAAUUAGAGCCUGGCUGGGUUGUUUUGGACCAACCAGAUGCUGCUAGCCAUUUGCAGCAUCCACCAGAACCCUCUCCCCUACCUCCAGGAUGGGAAGAGAGACAGGAUGUCCUUGGAAGGACCUACUAUGUGAACCAUGAGUCUAGAAGAACCCAGUGGAAAAGACCAAGCCCUGAGGAUGACCUCACAGAUGCUGAGAACGGUAAUAUUCAGCUACAGGCACAUCGGGCAUUCACCACCAGGCGGCAGAUAUCAGAGGAGGUGGAUAGUGCUGACAACCGAGAGUCCCCUGAGAAUUGGGAAAUUGUACGAGAUGAUGACAACACUGAGUAUAGCGGUCAGGCUGUCCAGUCACCUCCAUCGGGUCACAUAGAUGUGCAGGUUCGCCUUGCAGAAGAGUUAGAUACCAGACUCGCUGUGUAUGGAAAUCCAGCCACCGGCCAGCCAGUCACCAGCUCAAAUCAUUCCGGCAGAAGCGGCAGUGUGCAAACCUGUAUCUUUGAGGAACAGCCCGCACUUCCUGUGCUUUUGCCUACUUCAUCUGGAUUGCCACCAGGUUGGGAAGAAAAACAAGAUGAAAAAGGACGGUCAUACUACGUAGACCACAAUUCUAGAACAACCACAUGGGCCAAGCCCACCAUGCAGGAAGACCCAAGAUCGAAGAUCCCUGCUCAUCUGAGAGCAAAGACACCAGUGGACAAUGACCUGGGACCUUUACCUCCUGGAUGGGAAGAAAGAACCCACACAGAUGGAAGAGUCUUCUAUAUAAAUCACAAUACAAAAAAGACACAGUGGGAAGAUCCUCGCACUCAGAACGUGGCAACAACUGGACCAGCAGUGCCCUACUCCAGGGAUUACAAAAGGAAGUACGAGUUCUUCCGAAGAAAGCUGAAGAAACAGAACGACAUUCCAAACAAAUUUGAAAUGAAGCUUCGCCGUGCAAAUAUUCUGGAGGACUCUUACCGGAGAAUUAUGGGUGUCAAGAAAGCCGACUUCCUCAAGGCUCGACUCUGGAUUGAGUUCGAUGGUGAAAAGGGACUUGAUUAUGGAGGAGUUGCUCGAGAAUGGUUCUUCCUCAUUUCAAAGGAAAUGUUUAACCCUUAUUACGGGCUCUUUGAAUAUUCUGCUACGGAUAAUUACACCCUCCAGAUAAAUCCAAACUCGGGCCUGUGUAAUGAAGAUCACCUCUCUUACUUCAAGUUCAUUGGUCGUGUGGCUGGAAUGGCUGUUUAUCAUGGCAAGCUGCUGGACGGCUUUUUCAUCCGCCCCUUUUACAAGAUGAUGCUUCAGAAGCUGAUAACCCUGCAUGACAUGGAGUCUGUGGAUAGUGAAUAUUACAGUUCACUGCGAUGGAUUCUUGAAAAUGACCCGACAGAGCUGGACCUGAGAUUUAUCAUAGAUGAAGAACUUUUUGGACAGACACAUCAACAUGAACUGAAAACUGGUGGAUCAGAGAUCGUUGUCACCAAUAAGAACAAGAAGGAGUAUAUUUACCUUGUGAUACAAUGGCGUUUUGUGAACCGAAUCCAGAAGCAAAUGGCUGCUUUCAAAGAGGGAUUCUUUGAACUGAUACCACAGGACCUCAUCAAGAUAUUCGAUGAAAAUGAACUGGAGCUUCUCAUGUGUGGUCUGGGAGAUGUGGAUGUUAGUGACUGGAAGGAGCAUACAAAGUAUAAAAAUGGCUACAGCGUAAACCACCAGGUCAUCCAUUGGUUCUGGAAGGCUGUUUUAAUGAUGGAUGCAGAAAAAAGAAUACGCUUGCUUCAAUUUGUUACCGGCACAUCCCGUGUGCCUAUGAAUGGAUUUGCUGAACUCUAUGGCUCGAAUGGACCACAGUCCUUCACAGUUGAACAGUGGGGCACCCCUGAUAAGCUGCCAAGAGCACAUACCUGCUUUAAUCGCCUGGACCUGCCACCCUACGAAUCGUUUGACGAACUCUGGGAUAAACUUCAGAUGGCGAUUGAAAACACUCAGGGCUUUGAUGGGGUCGAUUAGAUUACAAGUAACAAGCUGUGGUGUCUUAAACACCAUAGUUUUUAAGCAAAAGCAAAAUUGCAUCUUAACAUUUUCCAGAGUACUUCUAUAAGAUAGUCACUGGCUCUUCCCCGAGAGACCAGAGUACACAGUUCAUCCAAGGUUUCAGCCACCACCAUACUGAAGUGUUCAUUUGUCCAGUUACUUUGUCCUUUCAUUGGGGUUCACACGACAGGGCAUUUAAGUCCUGUGUGCCUGGCUGUAUCUCAUCUUACUAGGCACAUCGUUCUGAAACUACUGAGAUUCCAACUGUGAAAUAUCUGUAAUGAGUAUAUGGUGGGAAAAAAUUGACGAUUUUUUGAGAUGAAAUUUGGACAAAAAGUCUUUAAUACUGAGUAACUGCGACACACUUAGUGCUACUUGUCGCUUUGUAUUCUGUAGAACUUGCCUAGUGUACCUUAUUGCCUAGAUCUUUGGAACAACUUUGGAAGAUGUGUCACUUACAUUUUUAGUCACUUGAGUCACUUGCAAAAAACAAAAAAAAAAACAAAAAAGAAAAACAAAAAAAAUAUAUACUCUUCACUCGGGAUGUAUUUCACGUUUGUUAGCAUGCAGCUUGAGCCUACAGGCCAUUGAGAAGACGAGUGGAGGAGCAAGCUUUUAUUUGCAAUGUGUAGAAAGUUUUAGGCCUCCCUCUGCCCUGUGUACCCUCAAGCCUACAGUUAUUAUGUGUUAGUGUGUUUAGAAUGCCUUCAAACACUAAACAGUCUCCACAAAACAGUGUUUCUACGCAUGCCGUGAAGAAUCAAGUUACAUGUAUGACUUGCCCUACCAGCCACUCUUCACGCUUGCAGUCACGUAGUACAUACGUGUUUACGGAGUUCAUUAUGUUUACAGAUCAAGCGAAUUUCUGUAGUUGCAUUUUUAUAUUUUUAGUAUCACAUUAGUAUAAAAGAAUUUGUUUAAAAUAACCAAAGAGUAGUUCAAUGCAUAAUUUGUAUAAAUUUGUUACCAGGUUUCUUAUGCUUUCUAAAAAAUACUGUUUACUAUGAAAAUUAUGUUUUAUUCAAAGUCAAAAACCCUUGAGGCACAUGCUACAGGUGGAAUCCCACCGAAACCACAUUGAAGUAUAGGAAGAGACCCCGUGCAUGAAUCAGCACACAUAGACAGUGCCAGCUAUGUACCAGGGCCUGAGAUAAAAUUGUCAGCAGUGACAUCCAGCUCCAUCUUCAUCCUUGAGAAACCUGGAGAUAUGUAGAUGACUUCAUAAACCACAGAAAGCAGGGAUGAGCAGCCAAAGGCAGGCGGAAAGGGAGGCGAGGUCCCGGUCCACCUGCAGAGAGCAUAUGUGCUGACUCUUAUUCAUCCUUAUGAUGGUGUGAUUAUGCAGAAAAUGCUCAUUAUGCAUGUCUAUGGAAAAACUAAGCCUGCUUUUCAAUGUGGUAUGUAUAAAUUAAUGUACUCGUGUGUUAACUUUCUGGGGUGCGUAUAAAUGCCCCAUGGGAGCUGUCAGAAGUACGUGGGGUCACUGGUUUUAGUUUGUUGGCUCUAACAAGACAAGUGCCUGUCAGCCCAUGGUAGGGAUUCCAAUGACAGUAGCAGAAACACUUUCCGUGGGCCACAUCAUUGUGUGGGUCAGGGAAAGUGACCCCAGGCCAGUGCAUGCUUCCCAGCUGUCUUUACUGAGUCAGCCAGCCAUGACACCUGUACAGUCUUGAUUCUAUCAUUGGCCAUCUGUGUGAGCCUUCACUACAAGGCUCCAGUUUCUUCAUCUGUCAGGUGUGAAUAGCUAUGCCCACCCUUUUGUCUUUUGAGGUUAUGGUAAGUUCUGGAGUACCAAAAGAUCAGGCCGUUCUUUUUAAAGAAAUGUUUUCCUGCCAGACACCAGAGUCUGAGUCAGGCACCCAAGCUGCCUCUCCUCCCAGUUAGUAUGUUCACCUACAAAGAAAGUGAUUUAGAGUAGGUGAAGAUGAAAGGAUAUGGCUGACCCCAAAUGUGUGCUGGCAUAUAUGUAUGUACUCAUGUAUGGAUCUUAGCAGCAGAGUUCACUUUCUCUACAGUGGCAAAGUAACACUAAUAUGGGCCGGUGUAUUAUCUGGAAUGUCCCCAUUGUUUAGAACUAAGGGUGAAACUGUCUUAUGAAAUAGAUUUGUACAUGGCUGUUUGGUCCCUCCUUGGAGAAGCCAUCAACAGCAGAGCUUAGAAAACAUAAGCUUUCUUUUCAUCAGGCAGAUAGCCCUUUGAAUGGUCCAUUGACUUCACUAGAACCUGGUAUUAGGAAGUCCAAGCACACUCCCACUCACCCAGGUGUGGACCAAUGGUCUGGAGGAACCUGGAUAGAUCACCACAGCUCCUCGUGCCAGUCUGCAUGGAAAUGUCUCAGCGACAUUCGACUGCUGGGGAGUUGUGGAGCCAAUUUCACAAAGCAAAGGCUUUGUACUUUUCUAGGAAAGUAUGUUAGCCUUCAUUUUCUCUAAUUCUCCUCCCCUGACAAAUGAAACACAAAAUUACGUUACAAAUGCAGACCCAAAUGGUAAUUUGUUUUCGCUUUUUAUUUAUAACACCCAAGUUAUUCCUUAAAAAUAUCAAGUUAAACACAAUUGGUUUUGGUGAUAAGCUAUUCGACAUUGUUUUUAAAUUCUUUCUUAUAUGGUAAAUGUAUAUCCAGAUUAAUGUAUCAAAAAUUAUCGCAUAAACUAUAAAAUCAUUUUCAAAAUCUCAAUUCCACAAAUAAAGUUCUAUUCUAAUUUUAAAGACAAA